GCCACAUUGUUGCACGAAACUCUAGCGCAGGAGUCCCCGGCCGCCGCUAGCAACCACGAGUCACCCAGAAGAUCCGCGGACGAGAGCAGCGUGCCUGUGAGCUGGAGAGGUCCGAUCACCCAAGUGGCGCCUGGUUGCGAUUGUUCCCAAGUUGAGUCUUAGUGAUCCUGUGGCUGAAGUUAGCGCUUGACAGCCGGGCAACCCGACAAGUCGCCAGGAGUAAUUUUUGGGAGCCUUCUGGCAGUUGUGACUCCCCAAGCCUGUUUCUAGACACCCGAGACCCUUCAGACGGGCGCAACAUCGCCGUUAGACUUCUUUGUGGGUCGCUCGGACUCACUGCUCCCGGUCGCGCCGCCAAACCCGGGUUAAAAAAGUGCCUGACCACUCCGCCCUCCUUUCCCCACACGCGCUCCAGCCUUGGUUUCCCAACUUGGUUUCCGCUUCGUCGGUCCCUGGCAAAAUGAUCGCCUCUCAUCUGCUUGCCUACUUCUUCACGGAGCUCAACCAUGACCAAGUGCAGAAGGUUGACCAGUAUCUCUAUCACAUGCGUCUUUCUGAUGAGACCCUUCUGGAGAUUUCUAAGCGGUUUCGCAAGGAGAUGGAGAAAGGGCUGGGCGCUACCACCCACCCCACUGCCUCAGUGAAGAUGCUGCCCACCUUUGUGAGGUCUACUCCAGACGGGACAGAACACGGGGAGUUCCUGGCCCUGGACCUCGGAGGGACCAACUUCCGAGUGCUCCGGGUGAGAGUGACCGACAACGGGCUCCAGAAGGUCGAGAUGGAGAACCAGAUCUACGCCAUCCCCGAGGACAUCAUGCGAGGCAGCGGCACUCAGCUGUUUGACCACAUCACUGAAUGCCUGGCCAACUUCAUGGAUAAGCUACAAAUCAAGGACAAGAAGCUCCCCUUGGGCUUUACGUUCUCGUUCCCCUGCAUCCAGACGAAACUAGACGAGAGUUUCCUGGUCUCAUGGACCAAGGGGUUCAAGUGCAGUGGUGUGGAAGGCAAAGACGUGGUUACCCUGAUCCGGAAGGCCAUCCAGAGGAGAGGGGACUUUGAUAUCGAUAUCGUGGCUAUGGUGAAUGACACAGUUGGGACCAUGAUGACCUGUGGUUAUGAUGACCAGAACUGCGAGAUCGGUCUCAUUGUGGGCACGGGCAGCAACGCCUGCUACAUGGAAGAGAUGCGCCACAUUGACAUGGUGGAGGGCGACGAGGGGCGGAUGUGCAUCAACAUGGAGUGGGGGGCCUUCGGGGACGACGGCGUGCUCGAUGACAUCCGCACUGAGUUUGACCAGGAGAUCGACAUGGGCUCCCUGAACCCCGGGAAGCAACUAUUUGAGAAGAUGAUCAGUGGGAUGUACAUGGGGGAGCUGGUGAGGCUGAUCCUGGUGAAGAUGGCCAAGGAGGAGCUGCUUUUCAGGGGGAAGCUCAGCCCCGAACUCCUCGCCAAGGGCCGUUUUGAGACCAAAGAUGUUUCGGAUAUCGAAGGGGACAAGGAUGGCAUCCGGAAGGCCCGCGAGGUCCUGAUGCGGCUGGGCGUAGACCCGACACAGGAGGACUGCGUAGCCACUCACCGGAUCUGCCAGAUCGUGUCCACGCGCUCAGCCAACCUGUGCGCGGCCACCCUGGCCGCUGUGCUCCGGCGCAUCAAGGAGAACAAGGGCGAGGAGCGGCUGCGGUCCACUAUUGGGGUUGACGGCUCCGUCUACAAGAAACACCCGCAUUUUGCCAAGCGUCUUCACAAGACCGUGCGGCGCCUGGUACCUGACUGUGACGUCCGUUUCCUCCGCUCUGAGGACGGCAGUGGCAAGGGGGCAGCCAUGGUGACAGCAGUGGCCUACCGGCUGGCUGACCAGCACCGAGUUCGGCAGAAGAUCUUGGAGUCUCUGAAGCUGAGCCGAGAGCAGCUGCUGGAAGUCAAGAAGAGGAUGAAGGUAGAGAUGGAGCGAGGUCUGAGCAAGGAGACUCAUGCCGUUGCCACCGUCAAGAUGCUACCCACCUAUGUGUGCGCCACCCCUGAUGGCACAGAGAAAGGUGAUUUCCUGGCCUUGGACCUCGGGGGUACCAAUUUCCGGGUCCUGCUGGUGCGCGUCGGGAAUGGGAAGCGGCGUGGGGUGGAGAUGCACAACAAGAUCUACGCCAUCCCGCAGGAGGCCAUGCAUGGCACAGGGGAUGAGCUCUUUGACCAUAUCGUCCAGUGCAUCGCCGACUUCCUCGAGUACAUGGGCAUGAAGGGCGUAUCCCUGCCCCUAGGCUUCACCUUCUCCUUCCCCUGCCAGCAGAACAGCCUGAAUGAGAGCAUCCUCCUCAAGUGGACGAAAGGCUUCAAGGCAUCUGGCUGCGAGGGCGAGGACGUGGUCACCCUGCUGAAGGAGGCCAUCCACCGGCGUGAGGAGUUUGACCUGGACGUGGUCGCUGUAGUGAAUGACACCGUCGGGACUAUGAUGACCUGUGGCUAUGAAGACCCUCACUGUGAGGUCGGCCUCAUUGUUGGCACGGGCAGCAACGCCUGCUACAUGGAGGAGAUGCGGAACGUGGAGCUGGUGGAUGGGGAAGAGGGGCGGAUGUGUGUCAACAUGGAGUGGGGGGCCUUCGGCGACAACGGGUGCCUGGAUGACUUCCGCACGGAGUUCGACGUGGCUGUGGACGAGCUUUCCCUCAACCCUGGCAAACAGAGGUUUGAGAAAAUGAUCAGUGGCAUGUACUUGGGCGAGAUUGUCCGAAACAUUCUCAUCGAUUUCACCAAGCGUGGGCUGCUCUUCCGCGGCCGCAUCUCAGAGAGGCUCAAGACGAGGGGCAUCUUUGAAACCAAGUUCCUGUCUCAGAUCGAGAGUGACUGCCUAGCCCUGCUGCAGGUCCGAGCCAUCCUGCACCACUUGGGGCUUGAGAGCACCUGUGAUGACAGCAUCAUCGUCAAGGAGGUGUGCACCGUGGUGGCACGGCGGGCGGCCCAGCUCUGUGGCGCAGGCAUGGCCGCUGUGGUGGACAAAAUACGAGAAAACCGUGGGCUGGACACUCUGAAAGUGACAGUGGGUGUGGACGGAACCCUCUACAAGCUACAUCCUCACUUUGCUAAAGUCAUGCGAGCGACGGUCAAGGACCUGGCUCCGAAAUGUGAUGUGACCUUCCUGGAGUCAGAGGACGGCAGCGGGAAGGGGGCGGCUCUCAUCACUGCGGUGGCCUGUCGCAUCCGUGAGGCUGGACAGCGAUAGAGCCCCUGAAGUUGGGACGGACUUCCUCUGGUUCCCCUCUUCCCUGCUCUUUUAAAUUAUAAGACGUCAUCCCCUGUGUCAGAGAUGGAUCCCUCGAAGAGUCUCUGCCAAGGAAGAGCCUUGGCAGAGAGGACGCUGCCAGGCUGCAUUUUGUCUCUGUGUAUCCUCACUGUAGAUGUUGGUACCCAAGCUUCGGCCUUCCUGAGAUAAAUUCGAAGUAAGGAUUUGUUCACACUCAUCACAACCAUUCCCCCUGGUUCUCUUAAAACUUAAAACAGAUGUUAACCUUUAGUAACUCCCCUGGCCGAAUUCCAUGUCCAUAUAUAAUCCUGCAGGACACUAAUGAAAAGAUACAGUUGCUUUGCCUUGAACUUGGGCUUCUUCACCUUGGACCUCAGGAGUGACAUUUCUAGGUGGAACGCAUCCUCCAGCACGGAGGCUGAUGCUGUUUCUCAGAGACCUGAGAGGUCUCUGCUAACUUGAGCCUGAUUCUCCCAUGUGCAGAACGUGGGGGCGGGGGAGGGGUGGCGACGGAGAGAAAUCGUAGAUAGCCGUGUGGCAGCCCCUCUUCAGUCCCAUCUACGCGCAUCACCUGGAGGGUCGCUGUCCUUGGAAUUAAAGCGUCCUGGGUCUGGGCGCGCAGCACCAAAGCCACGAGGUGGCACGUCGUGCACGUGGAGUUGUCACAUCUCCUCGUGGGCUCACGAGUCAUCGAGAGCGUUGGACCUUUAAGAGAGAGUGGGGGACUUUUUGGUCUGAUUUUUAAAAUAUUUUUCCUGCAGAAGUGUAAACACUGUAUUUUCAUUUUAACUUAUGUUUGAAAUUUAGCUCAUGAAGUACAUGUGCUUCUUCAUCUGGAUACUGUGUGUCAUAAUCAGUUGUGUGUAUGUAUUUAUAUGUUAGUUUGUUGUGUAUAUAGAUGCACAGGGGCUUCUCAGACCUGGCUUCUUUGGAAGGCUGGGUAAAGGAUGGAAGGUGACUGGUAACUAGAAAUACCUCAUUCGCCUGGCCUGCGGGAAGCGAAGGGACGCUUCUUCAUGGUGAGUGAAGGGCCAAGCACACCCUCCCAGGUCCUUCUUCCCCUGCAGACUCUGACAGGCGGAGAGCAGGGGAGAGGGGCAAGGAGGCUGGGCCUGUUGGUGGAGGAAACCACAGCCACUGGCCGAGCUGUGUGGAGACUUUCCUGGGGCAGUGUGGCCUGGGAUGUUAACCAAAGGACUCGGACUCAUUGCUUAGGAGUCUUCAUUCUUAAGGCCGUCAGUAUAAUUUUAAAGCUCUCUAACAAGAUAAAAGAAGCCACCAAAAACAUUUUUUUAAAAAAUGUGUGUGAUCAUUGAUAGUGAACCAAAACAAUGAAACAAACAAAGGAAUGAAGCCUCAGGGACAUUUUUAGAGAUUUGUGUCCUCCCAGCAAAACUGGUUUUGUAAGUGUUUUACAAGAAGCUUGUGGAGGGCUCCUCUCGCCUGAGCUAUUUUUAUACACGGUAUUUAUUUUAAACGGCUCGGGGCGGGAGGGCGGGGGAGAAGCAGCACAAAACCUUUCAUACCUUACUUUUCAGGAAUGAAGUUACUUCUGAAUCCUAAGCCCAUCUCAUCCCCGGACACUAAAAUAUAAAGAAGGAAUGGUCUUGCAACAUGACUGAGUAGGAUACGAGCAUCAAAACAGAAAGAUGGGAAGACACACUUCGGUAGCACCCAAUUUUUGCACAUUUAUCAAACUUGUACUGAGAACGGUGUCUAGAUUUGUAUAUAACUGAAGGAAACCCAAGAAAUAAAGAUGAAUUUUAACUUUUUUAGAUUUGACAAUGGGGCCCCAUCUAUGAAAUCACUCAUUUUUUUUUUUAAGGGUAGAGCUGUGUGUGUGGCUGUGAAUGCCGUGUUGUUGGUUUCUGAAGAAGAACGGGCACGCAGUUGACCCGCCGUGUUCCCACGCCGGUUGACAGCUCUGUGCGGAAGCUGCGCUGCCUGAUGGGAUGCGGGGAAUCUCAGUCUUGGACUGGGGUGUGCUGAAUGGCAGAUCUCAGAGCCCCGAGCACUCAGUCUAGUGGUGGUGUCAUACACAAUAAAGAACUAGUUGAAUUAACUAUGUGAUGUUAACUAUUAAUAAAUUUUAACAUUUUUCAAAAUA